CCGCCGCCCCCACCCCCGCCCGCCGCCCAGAAGAUGGCGAGCCCGUGCGGGCGGCAGCAGUGCUCCAUCGAGAGGCGCGGCGUCCGCCACCAGCUCGAUUCGUGGCGACACAAGCUCAUUCACUGUGUAGAUCCAGUUUCUGAUCCUACUUCCACAUUUGGGAGUAUGCAAGGGACAAACACAUCUCUUUGCGUAGCUUGACUGGAUAUCCCAAGACUAGGAUGAAAAUAUCAUCUGCCAAAUGGAAAAGGACAAUCGGUGGGAAAAGAAAUGUUCUUUUCAAGCUUCUAAGAGCAGUGACAAUAGAGAGAAAAAAAUACUAUAAAAAGUCAGGUUGGUCGGCCCUUUCCCACUGUUCCUGCCACUUCCUGAAGCCUGAAUUGGCUUUUUUUGGAGGCAGUGCUACUUCUCUGCCUGACAAGGGUUUGAAAGUAUUCUAGAAGGCCUGUUUGGACCUGGAUUAUUAAAAGAUCUCAGUUUGUUUAAAGGAACACUUAGUCAGUCUGGAUGAGCCAGCCUCGGAAGCUGGACAAGAAGCUCUGCUUAGACAAGAGCAAGCAAAAAUCAUUCGUUUUGAAAGGCAAGCGGAAGAGUUCCUCAAUGCAGUCUUUUACAGAAAAGACAGUCCUAGGGUCUCUGACCCCAAUAUUCCCCUAGUGGCCCGUGAGAUCAUGCAGCGAAUGAUCCGACAGUUUGCUGCUGAAUAUACCUCAAAAACUAGCUCUACUCAGGACUCCAGCCAGCCCAAUAGCACAAAGAACCAAAGCCUGCUGAAAGCAUCUCUGGUCGCCUCCUCUCCCACGGCUGCAACUGCUCAGAACCCUGUGCUCAGCAAACUUCUCAUGGCUGACCAAGACUCACCUCUGGACCUUACUGUCAGAAAGUCUCAGUCAGAACCUAGUGAACAAGAUGGUGUGCUUGAUUUAUCCACUAAGAAGAGUCCUUGUGCCGGCAGCACCUCUCUGAGUCAUUCUCCAGGGUGCUCCAGUACUCCGGGAAAUGGUGAGGAUGCAGCAGAGACAAUAGCAAUAGACUCUAACAAUCAGCCGAAGUCUCCACUGGAAAAGUUUAUGGUCAGACUGUGUACACAUCACCAGAAGCAAUUCAUCCGUGUGCUAAACGACAUAUACACUGAAGUGCAGCCAGACCCUGAAGGCCAGCAGUUGUCUGAAUCCGAGAGCAUGGAGGCCUCUACUUGUGUCUCUGGUUGUAGCCAGCGAAGCACUGAAAAUCAGGACAAGGGUGCUACUUGUACUGAAUCAAAGGCCCCUUCUUCCUCAGACCCAGGACAGUCGGGGUCCGAUGGCCCCCUGCAUAUUAUGGGACAAGCCCCGAAGCAGCUGCCGGAGCUGAAGUGUCUGGACAGAGCAGAGAGCUCCAGUCCUGCUUUGAGAAGGGACUUCUCUGAGCUCCCCGUCACCAGGCUUCGUUCUGCUAGUCCAAAGGAUAGCUCCACCCAAGGAUACCUCAGCACGUUGAACUCUUCCUCUCUGAAUUUCCAUCAUGCCGCAAGGAGCCUGGACGGGCAGCAAGCUGCUGGACACGAGCAAGAAGUCAGGAAGUGUGAGGACAAUAAAGAGCAGCUAGCAGGUAAGACUCUGAUGGAAGGUUAUAUCUCGGUCAAGGUGGCAAAUGUGAACGGCAGCGAGGACAGCUUAGACAGCUGUCUGGGGUCCCAGAAGAGCUCCUUCAGAGCUCUGCCAGAAGAGUCCUGGGAUCCCAGCUUUGCGGUGACCCCCCCUCGCAGAGCUGACAAAGAGAAUACUUUGCAAUGCAGCUCAAAUGCAUCUUUGCACCAGGACUUAGAUGCAAAAGAACAAGAUGCAAGACCAAAGCAAGAAAACCACCUACACGCCAUGCCCAAGGGCAAGGCAGGCUGCCACCUGCACCCGGCCGACAAAGGCCCGCUUGACAGGUCCAAAGACGGCUGGCUGCCCGCCGGUGCUGUGCCAGCCACCCACCGGACCCCCAGCGGGCACCCCCGCACUAAGGCAGCCUCCCUCAGAUCCACUCGGAAGAGCAAGAAGGCGUCGGGGCUGAGGAUCAAUGACUACGACAACCAGUGCGAUGUGGUGUACAUCAGCCAGCCCAUCACUGAGUGCCAUUUUGAGAGCCAGCGGCCGGUGUCGUCGCGCAAGACGGCGAGGAAGAGCACGCGGGGGUAUUACUUCAACGGGGAAUGCUGUGAGCUCCCGACCGUCCGCACGCUGGUGAAGAGCUCCCGGGUGGAGGAGAGGGGGAGCGGCGCAGCACUGCGAACAGAGACCCUUGUAAGCGCGAAGCCACCCCUCAUGCUCUCGCUGGGGGGAUCUGCGGGGACAGGACGGGAGGGUGAGAAGAGGGUUUCCCUGAGGCUCCUGGCUAAAGGGGCACUGGCCAGCCGAGAAGUGAAAGAGAGACCUGAGCUGGGCUCCAUGCAGCCCUGGGAUACCCGGGCACUGCGGUCCAGGGAAGCCACCAUGGCCAUGCCCUUCUUCUCCCUCUCUGCUCCACCCAGCCCUCAGAAAGAGGACAGCUUGGAUGGCUCACCGCCCCCCAGCUCCCCUCCUGCUGAAGGAGGGGAGGUAGGAGUUGGAGGCACCAUGCCCCAGGAGGCUGCCAGCAGCCUGGGCUCCCCCGGGGACAGCAGUGGUGGUGAGCAGACAGCUGAUUUUGCUGCCCUCCCCAUCUCAAAAGCACCCAGUGGGGAGCAAGGAUGUCCAAGCUCCAACAUGCAAACUGACCCAGACCUCCCCACCAGCCCAGAGCCAAAGUUGCCCUUGCAGCCCGCUGCCACUGCAGACACAGCACCCCUGGCCUGUGAUGGUGCCAGGGGUCCUGCCCAGCUUCCAGGCGUAGGGGAUGCGGAGCCCAGCAGGCUGGAGCUGGCAGAGCCCUGCCCAUGCUCUCCAGGCUGUCAGGCUCCUGAUGAGCUCCUCGCCACCAUGGACAGGGAGAGCUCCCCAGAGCCCCCUGCCAUCUUGCAGUGUGUGGAUGUAAAUGAAAGCAUCAGUGCUGAACCAGAAGCCGAAUUAUCAGGCACGGUGGGUGACAGCUCCCUUGAGCAAGAGGAGGCUAUGCUGGGCAGCCCACCCCUCCUCGAAAUACCAGAAGGGGAGGCAGUGCAGAAUAACAGCCCAGCAGGUGAAAAAGAACCUAUUGAAGGGGAAACACUGCCUGACUCUGACAUCUCUGACACUGCAGGGAAUGACUCUGUCUCUUCCAAAGACAGUCUAGACAAGAAACGAAAGAAAGGCAGGAGAGCGCUUGUGGCAUCAGACCGGCGUCUCCGUAGCCAGCAAUCCCAGUCACCCACUGAGGGCAGUGUUGAGGAUGCUGGCUCUUCCAGCUCUCUGCAGCUUCCUUGCCUUCAGAUCAAAUUCUCUAAGAGCCCUGGCACUAAGCGGUUCAAGAGAGAAGUGCACAUGGAUGGGGCAGAAUCCAUGCACUUCCCAAAUGACUGCUUCCCCAGUGUGCUGCUCAAACCCAGCGAGGGGCUGGGCACCGGCCAGGCUCCAGAGAGCAUCGCUGAGCAGCAGCCAGGCGAGGAGAAUGGUGUCACUACCAGACAAACCUAUAAAAGCAUCUUGGCAAAAGACACUGUAGCAGAGGGAGAAAAUUCCUCUGCAGGUGACCCGCCUGCUAACAGCAGCCAAAGUCAAUCGGGAGAGAUGCUGGAAAUCAGUGUCCAGGCUGACUCUGAGAAGAGAAACAUUCUCCUUCCUCUGGAGAGCACUGUGCCUGCAAACGAUACUGAGCAAGUGGAUGUGAAACCAGGCAAUGCCAGCGCAAAGGAUGAGGAGAGCCCCAACAGUACUGUGGACAUGGGCAAGCUGGAGAACUACUUGCCAGUGGCCAACUCGCCUGCGUGUCCCAGCAGCAGAGGUGGAAUCAAGCAAGUUCCAGAAAAGGCUGCAAAGCAUAAAAAGGUUGCCCUGCAGUUUUAUAACUUAAGACACACACCCACGCCCAUAGACACUGCAAAAAAGAGCACACCAGGGAAGGAGCCUGUGCAAGCAAUCCCCAAACUGAGGGACGAACGCAGUUCAGGGAAUGAUGAUUCCCCAGUGUUGGAGGACAUAGACACGGCUGACAGCAAACCAAAGUUCAUGGAGUGGUGUGCUGAAGAGGAGAACCAGGAGCUCAUUGCCGAAUUCAACACCCAGUACAUGAAAGUUCAGAAAGGAUGGAUUCAGCUGGAGAAGGAGGUGCAGGCAGCCCCCAAGGUAAAGAGCAAAGCCGACAAACUGAAAGAGAUUUGGAAAAGCAAGAAAAGGACACGGAAAAGUAGAGGCUCGCUGGAAGUGCAGAAGCUUUCUCCUGUCCAGAUGCUGUUUAUGAAGGCCUUUAAGCUGUCUGACAUCUGCCAGUGGUUUCUGGAGACAACUGAAACCAGGUCUCUAGUGAUCGUGAAGAAACUCAAUACCCGUCUCCCAGGGGAGAUCCCCCCCAUCAAAGUCCCCAUGCAGAAAUAUUCCUCCUCCAGUCUCUACCCCAGCUCACUGCAAGCUGAACGCUUGAAGAAACACCUCAAGAAGUUCGCUGCCACUACCCCGGCUCGGAAUAACCUGAAGAACCAAAAGCUUUGGGCUAAAAUUCGGGAGAAUGCUGAUAAAGCAGAAGCUGAGGAAGCCACCGCUCCCAGCCACACAGCUCCCACCAAUGCCAGCACCGAGGACCUGGGUGAAGACAAAACCAUCCAGCCUGCCCCCAGCUUGCCCACACAGGCCAGCACCAGGAUCCUGCGCAAGUACUCCAACCUACGGGGCAAGCUGCGAGCCCAGCACCGCGUGGUGAAGGCGGAGAAGAAGAGUGAUGGCCCAGGGGACCACUCAUCCCUGGAGAGCAAGCAGAGCAGGAAGAGCGUGUGCAUCAACCCGCUGAUGUCUCCAAAGCUGGCCCUGCAGGUCAAAGCAGAUGCCUUUCCUGCUAAAUCUCCUUCAGUGGAUGGGACGGGGAAGGGACGGAAGGGGAAGAGCAGGUCCCAGGAGGACUCCUCCCCCAAGGCCGACCUCCAGCUCAGCAGGAAGAAGAGGAUGCUGAAGGAGAGCGGGAGUACACAGGAACGGUCCGGCUCCUCCACCAAGGACAAGUUGCCUGCCAAGAAGGCCAGUAAAAUAAAGCAUUCGGAGGUCAGCACAAAAGCCCCUGCCACCCGAAAGCAGGCUGCCAUGGAGAGGAGCAAUAAGCUGGCUAGAAAGAUGUCUUUGAAAGAGAAGAGAGCCCCAAAAAGGCAGCUGGAGAAGGUGCGGCUCCCCAUGCGGAAGGGCAAGGAGAACACAAGCAGACGGGCCGUGCUGCUCACUGGCCACGAGGAGAUGGCCAAGUCCCCAAAGCAGAAGCCCCUGGGGGAGUCCUCUACGCGGUCACAGAAGAUGGCCAACAAGAAGCCCAGCAGUGGGAAGACCCUGACGAGGUCCAUGAAGAAGAUGCAGGAGAGCAGUGGGUCGCAGGGCAAGAGGAAGCUGAGGGCAAAAGUGGACUGUUCACACAGCAAACGCUCACGACUGGACCCGAAAUAGCAAAGAACCAGUAGCCAUGUACAAACCCAAUGUACAGUAGUAACCCUUUACCAUGCAUUAACUAAAGCUGCUUUUAUAAGCUGUAGCAAGCCUUUAAAAAUCCGCAGCUAAAGGAUAAUGCCCGUGAUUUUAGGCAUCGGCAGAUGUGUCUCGGACAGAGAAGAGGUCGGCCUGUCUGGCUCUGCUGUUCAGAAGGAAGUUUCUACAGUUUGGACGUUCCUUGGGUUUUUUUAAACCCAGAACCAGGCAGUUUUAGUUAAAAGUACAGUGCCUUAUUUAUCACUUUAAAAAUAAAUAAGAAGCUCGUCUGUGUGAUUUGGAGGCUUGCGUUUUAUACUUGAGGCACAAGCACUUGUACUGUAGCAGAAAGAAAACCACCACCGUGCACAUGAAGUAGCUUUCACAGUCUUUGGGUGCACACAAACAUUUCCCUUUCCUUCAGAGUCCUCCUCCUGUCUGUCUUCUUAGUGGCAUUUAAAGCAAAACCAAAACCAUUUCCCAUCACUGAGGGAGAGAAAGGCAAAUCUGUCCUUUGUUGGUUUGUUAGUAGCAGCUGCUGGUGUCCCGUAUGGAUACCUGCUACUGGUGUGUGUACUGCUGAUGGCUGCCUCACUCCCCCAUGGCACGGCCCAUGGGGUGGGGGUCCUGCUCAGGCAGCAGGGGAGAUGCUGCAGGGGCUCUGGAUACCAGGCUGCUGCAUCCACUGCUGCCAGGUGGGCACACUGGGCUCUAUCCGUCUUUAUUUCUUGCUGGCUUCAGGGAUGAAUCAGUCAUGCCGUGCCAUGCGUUCGGACAGACCUUCUUCUCCCGUUUUGCUGCCCUUGUGGUGAUUUCUGUGGUCUCUGAUGGCAAAGCAGUUUCCACAGUGCUUCACUAAAGGUUGAAUUUCUCCCUUGUGAUCUGCCCAAGCUCCUUCUGAUGUUGGUGCUCUGCAGAAGAGGAGCCCUGGCCCUCACCCUGUGCUUUUGUGCACAUCUUUCCUAGUGUCUUCCUAAAGCCAGAAUCUGCAGUUGGAAUAGGGCUGGUAUAAGGGACUGACUUACAUCUGUUUUAUACUGUAAUUUGCAUUUCAUCGCUUUACUGGCAAGGUGCAGUAGGUUUGUCCUUGCUCGUGUCUGGUGCUGGGGAGCCUGAAAGCAGCCAAGCUUCUGCCCAGCACGACACCUCUGAGACAGACCCGUUACAAGUACACAGAGCAUGUGGCUGUGCUGGCUCUGCUGGGAAAAGAUGAUCAGUGGCUGAGAAGUGACUGCUGGGGUCUGUGCUCAGGGCAAGGACCCUGCUCAGCCAUUGCAUCUCUGGCUUCACAAACCCCGUUUGCAUGGAUCCUGAUGCAGGGAGCAGCAGUGCUGGAGAGGGCACCACGAGCUCUGGGGUGACCUGAUCUUUAACAGCCACUUGCUGAUCCUUGCUCAGCAAGGCUGUGGUGCAGGGCACACAUUCAGGAGAUGCUGCCCUGGGGGCAGAGGUUAGAGAGGGCUCAGCUGCAACAGGAAUUGCUUUUCACAGUUGGCAUUGAACUCCAGAUCCCAAAGCCCAUGGACUGGAGCUGGAGAGCGGAGAAUUGUCUUUUAAAGCUUUCAUUGUACCCCUUUAGUUUAGAGGAUGAAACCAGGCAUUUUGAGAUUAGCACGCCCUUCGCAGAGCACCUCUUGCUGUCUUGCAGGUAUUCCCUUCCCCCAGCGCUGACGCAAACAAGGCUGCAGCACAUUUUCCUCUUACUAUGAAAUGGCAGAUGUAAAAAGAAAAACCCAUAAAUCCUUUACCUUUCCUUUGAAUCAUGCUAGAAUAAGUUAACUCUCUGAACAGCUAGGCAGUGAUUAAAUCUAGCCUGUCAGUCCCUGUACAGAUUACUAUGAAGUUAUCUAUUACUUUAAUUUUUACUGCAUGCAUUAAAUAUGUCAAACAUUCCAUCAGAAAAGAUUUAGAAGCGUUUCAGGAGAGGUGUGAGGCAGGAGGACACUGAUAGCAGUUACAUGACUGAUCUGUACCUUUCUUACAGGUUGUCUUUCCCUCUUGCUUUUCCAUCCGUACUUGUGGUCCUCCUCUAACCUCUGGCUGGGGCAGCCUCUCUGCAGGCAUGUGGGCCUGGAAUUUCUCCUCCUUACCUUGGGCUAGUCAUGUGUGCAAGCACCCCUCUUUUCUCAUGCCAUUCUCCUGCAGCAAACCCCCUUUUCCCCAUCCUUCACCAUCCUUGACAAAGCAGGUGAAGUUUUUCAGAGGGGAUGCUGCUGCUGCAGCCUCCUGGCUCUCUUCCUGUGUGCCAGGGCUUCCCCUGCACUCUUUGGCUUGAGCAUGGCAAGGCUGGGUGAUGGCAGGCAUCACACUGGUGUUGGGAGCACAGCAGCAUCUGUCCCAGUUCAGUGUGUGCUGCUUGGCUUAUGUGGUGGUGGGAGCAGCACGCCAAGCUUCCCAGCAGUGUCCCUGCCAGGUGUCAGCUCUGGAGAGGAAUGGCUAGGAUCUGUUUUGUGGAGAAAUCAGAUGCUAAAAGGAAAACCAUAUACCUUCCGGCCCUUUGAACUUCCGGUCUCCGUCUGUAGUUUUCUCUUGUAUUGCUGUGUUUUGGCUAGGUUGGAUGGAGAUUUUCCAUGCUGAAGGCAGGGAGUCGCAGGUCUCCAGGAGGGAGCGAGGUUGGUGUGGCCAUGCUGGGAACUGUGCGGGCAACAUGGCCUGAGACUCAAAGUGCCUGCAACUUUAGCUCAUGCAGGUAGCUUUUAUGGAGAGCAGGCUUGUUUGCCAAGGAUGGGUCAGGUGAAGCCAUCAGCUAGGGCUGAAUUGCUGCAACAAACACUUGGGCCUAACCUCUCCAGGUGGGCAUACUGGUGCAUUUGCACAAGUUCUCUCUGAAUUACAGAUCUGUGUGAUCCUUCGGGUUGCCCCAGGGGAGGAUGCCCCAGGGGUGGCUGUCAUCUCUAUAACAGCCCAGCGGCCUUCUGCUCUGACGAAAACCCCAGCUCCUUGCUGGGCUCCUUUCCUUUCUGUUACUGCUCCUGGAGAUGCUGUCUUGGCCCUUCUGCCUCUCCUGUGUGCAUUCUCCACUUGACGUAAGUAGUAGCUGCCAGGUCUUGCAGACUACAAGACCUGCUUUUAAUGUGCUUUGCACUUGCUUUUGUGAGUGCUUUAUUCUGGGGCAGGAAGGAGCAAUGCUGUGAUUUGCUAGCAAAUGGAAGGGUCUGCAUGUGAGGUGACUGCCUAGCAGUAUGCUAUUGCCUGGGUAGCUCCAGGUUCUUUAUCAGUGCUCAGAUGUUUGAAUUGUUUCUUUUCUUUUUUUCCCAAUCAGUCCUAAUGUUGCGUUACCCUCUUCUCGAUUUACUUCCCAGUUUUCUGUCUCCAUGCAGCCAUGUUUCAGCUAGAACAGUACACAAGAGACACAAAAAUGAGUGGAGGUACCAUAUCUAUAUAACCUGUUGCUCUUCGUUAAUGCCUUAGGACACACGCUACUCGUUUCUGUGCUGUACAGCAAGGCAGCGGUGAGGUGUGCUGCUGAGGCACAGCCGCUGCUUUAGAGCAGCCUGUUUCCAAUAAAUGCAGCUUCUGCACAAUGCAAGGGAUGCACAGGGACCUGCAGGUGAUCUUAAUGAAUGGAAGGAAAUAAGCAACAUGAUUUAUUGCCUUAUUGCGCACAGGCAUCAAGUGCGUUUCUGUUUGCUAAGGUGCGGAUCUGCCCACUGGCACUACCACAGUGCCAUCCUCAGCUCUGCAGCCUCAUUGCGCUCCUCUCCUCUGGGCCACACCACAGCUCCCUGCUCUGCUUAUUCAGCUCUGGAUUUCAGCACAAGGGCUGUGUCCCACAAAACAGACCUCUCUAUUACUUUGGCUUUCCUUGGUGGCCACUUUCUCAACCUAUUCUUGAAACUAGUCUUUAUCCCAGCUCCCCAGUGAAUGUGUCAUGAGCAGCAUCUUAGCUCUGCACCUCCACGGAUGUCCUUACUGUCACUUUGCUACCAGCCCCCCUUUCUCAUCUGCAUGGUUACCUUCUCCUCUCUCACCUUCUUAUUGGCAGCUCAGCAUUUUCACACUUCACGUGGUCAGGAGCCACCCAUCUUACCUAUCCUCUGUGAGGGGCUGGUUUUGUGAGCUCACAGUCAAGGUUUGUCUGUUGGGCUUGAGAGCUGCAGUUUGUGCCCAGAAUGGCUCCUUCUGUCUGUCACUGUUAGGUUCUUGUCUAGCAGUGCUAUCCCUGGAAUGGGUUUCUCUGCUGAUGAGGUAUGGGUGGUACAUCCAAGGUGUGCACAUAUUUAUAUUCAUCACUCACCAGGCUGGUUUUGCUCACGUUUGCUGUGUGCUGUGGUGGUUCUGUGUUCAGCUGCCUACACUUCAGAGAGACGCAUUUGCAACAAGCCUCUCCAAAGAGCUGGUGUUCUGGUGCUGGUGCUUGCAGCAAACUUUCUGCCGUGUUGCUGAUCAUUCUCCAUGUGAUGGAGGGCAGGAUGAACUUGUCCCCACUGCUGUCUGCAUCCCUGUGCUCACCAUGCCAGGGGAAGCUGUGUGGCAUUGGACUGAGGGGGCUGGUGAGCUGGCCAAGCUUCUUUUUGCUGGUGUGGAGAUGAGCAAAGUUCCAGCCAAGCCCAUGUCCCAGCCGCUCACACGGUGCCCCUGGAAAUGCCAGUGGUCCCAGAAGCUCUUCCAGCCCCUAGUAACAUCCUAGGAAAUAGAAAUGUAAUGUCAGAAGGACACAGAUGUACCACUGCCCUGUUUUUAAGACUUUCUAAUGGACAGUUUCUUUCUCCAGCUAGUAUUCUUUCAGCCUAACUGUAUUCCCAGUUGAAGGCCACUGGGAAAGCCGUGUUUCCCAGCCUCCCAUAGGCAUGGCAGUGCCUUGGGGCAGCAGGGAUGUACUCCCACCUUUCUACUGCCAGCGGUUGUGCCAGGGGAAGAGGGCUGAGCCCCAGCCAAGGCAUCCUUGGGUCCACAUUCCUGGGCUGUACACCCAGAUGUCCCAGGAGCAAGGCAGAGGCAGGCUCACCCCUGCCAGUGAAGGGCUCUGCAGCUUUCCCUGUAAUGAUAGGUUUUGUGAGCAAACCACGAAGCUACGAUGUCCCCACACCAUCCCCACCUCUCCCCCAUGUGUCGUAGCAUCUGUUCGGCCCAUCCUUUAGCUUGGUGGUUGUGAAAUGAAUCCAUCUGUUCUAAGAUGUUCUCAGGAGUUCUUGUUUGUAUUAAGCUCACCCCUAGGCUUAGCAGAAAUCACAGUCCCCAUCCUUCCUCCUCCCAUCCCUGCGGACAAGCCCUCUCCUUCACGAGCACUUCCACCCUCUCCCUGAAGGGCAGUGGGGGGGCAGCUGGUGGUUUCGAUUCAGGGCACGUUGGCAGCUUGGGGGCAGCCGGAGGAGCUGGGAUGCAGCCGGCCGGCGUUCGUGGCAUGGGUCCCUCGGGCUGCGUUGCUAGCCAAUGUUUUCUAAGUCUGUUUGUAAGAGUACCUAAUUUUAAAAUGAAAUGUGAAUAUAUAUUAUGUGUAGGUGCCAUGUAAGAUAGUGUUGUGCUAGGCGGCAGGAUGCUAACCUACUUUUUAAGCUUUUCUUGGGGCAGGAAAAAGCAUUUUUCUCUCACUUCAUGCUCACAGAUCUAAUAUUGUAAAUAGUUUUUUAAAGAUAUUUAUUUCAUGGGCUUUCCACAGGUUCUUGUUCUGACUGGUGUGUUGGUUGGUGGGGCUGUACUGCCCAGUGUGCCGCAACCAAAGGGCUGGCUACUGCGUGGGGGGGGGGAAUGGGAUGGGUUGGGGUGGGUGGUGGUGGUGGUUUUUAAUGUCACAUCAAGGUUGAAGCAUUAACUCUUUCUCUUCAUCUCAUUUCGAUGAUGUCAAGCCUGGUCGAUGGCCAUGGUCCCUGGGGAAGCAGUUUGCUCCCGUAGCUGUUCCCCGGGGUGGGGGGCACUGCAAGCAAUAAGAUUUGUAGUAAUAAUGUCUGUUUCAAUGGCAGGGGCUCAGGGCCGGGUGGGAAUAACCCCGCUCCUGGCGGGGGCUCGGUCCAGCACGGCAUACGUGGGGAUUCUUGGCUUAGGGAUCCCCACUGAUGCAGGAGGUGGGGGCUACCUCACCCCCAAGGAACCCCCCCCUCCCAGACGGCCAGGGGAGGGUAGGUAGGUCCCGUUAGCAAACUCCUGCUAGUGAAUUUCCUGCAGGGAGCAGCUGCCUUCGGAGCUCCUGUGAUUCCUGUGGGUACAGGUGACCCAAGGGAGUGCACUACUGUCACCGUUACAGUCCCAGUGCUGGCUCCAGAAGGUCGUGUGCUUGCCAUGCUGCAAUUUGAAUUCUCCUUCUGUGUGGUUUGGGGUCAUUUGCCUGGUUUUCCUAAGUGGGUUUGGAGUUUUCUUCUUUGUUUUUUUUAAACCCCUUUUUUUGCCUGGAGCUGUUUGCUGUGUGGGGAAGCAUCAGCGGGGUCAUUGCUGCUUUUAUGGUGACAGGUCUCUGACUUUGGCGGGUGGCAUGGGGUGCUGUUGGGUGCUGGCCCUGCAGGACCUCUCACCAUCCCCAUGCUUCCUUUGCCCUUGGAGCAGGUGUGUGAAAACAAAGCAGAAAGCAAAGGAAAAAAGGCAACAACACCCCAAUGAUUCUUUUACUCAAGACACUCACUGUUUAACUGUUAUCUCCACCCUGAUGGCAAAUGUGUUUCGUUCAUCUGUGUCUGCUUCCCCGGGAGAGUUUUGUUUCUCUGUUUGUUUCUGUAUGAAUUUUAGACACUGAGCUGAAAAGUCCUCCUGUCCGGUACUGUAUGUUUGAGCCUAAGCAAUGUGAACUGUACAGACCAGCGGUGGGAAAUGGGAGCCGGUGGCUGUGCCUUGGGACGGCAUUCCCGGGUGCUUUGAGGAGCAGGAAGUAGUGCAUGGCGAGUUGGGAAAAUGAACUGUCUGCUGUGAAUUCUCGGUUGGAAAUGUGGAGAGGGGUUUCCAUUAGAUAAUGUUUACAUACCUCACCUGACGAACCUUUGAAAGUGUAUAUAUAAAAAGAAAAUAAAGUUAUAUUAAGUUGCUUUAAAUCAAUAUGUAUAGCUAUAAGAGCUGGGUCAUUUGAACUUUGAAUAUGUAUCGACUCUCUAAAUGUUGACAUUUUGUGAACUCUGUGCUCCUGUCUUUUAUUUCAUCCUAGCCUAUGGAAGAAGUUGUGUUCUUGUUCCAGGUAAAAGGUCCCUGACUCAGAUCUGAACUCCUCAAGGAUUCCCACCACCUUGUUUUCUUUUCUUCCUCCACUGUCGAUAUUCACCCUAUGAGCUUUCUAAAGGUCCAUAUUUUAUUGCAGCUUAUUAAACGUUUCUUUGAUAUC